GUUGCCUCUGCCUCUGAUGAUCUUUUAGUGCUUACUGUUUACACGCAGGAGAGAUCCAAGUCUUAUUACCCCUUCGUCUCCUUACUUACUAAAACAACAAUGGCUCAAGAUGACUCUGCUGAGUGGAAUACAGAUGAUGACUUGUAUUUUGAGAUUGAUAACUUUCAGUCAUCUUCAAAGUCAUCAUCUCCGGUAGUCACUUCUUCAGACCACAUGUUUGCUACGCUUCUUGACAUGGGAUUUUCAGAUGACGUGAUCGCUAGAGCAAUCCAAGAAAAUGGACCAAAUGCUGAAACUUCAGCCAUUAUUGAUACUAUUUCCAAGUACUCGAUGAACUGUGAACCUAGCUCUUCUAAGUCUAAGACUAUCAAUCACUUCCUUGCCAUGGGAUUUGAUGAGGAAAAAAUUAUCAAAGCCAUACAUAAACAUGGAGAAGAAAACAUGGAAGAAAUUGCAAAUGCACUCCUCUCUUCUGAAGCAGAUAUGAAAGAAGAAGAUAACAUUGACUGGUCAGAUAGUGAUGAUGACGAUGAGAAAGAUCCAGACUCAUUUGAUAGCUGCAAUCCAUUGAGUUCUUUGGUGAAAAUGGGUUUCUCCGAGCUGGAAGCUUCUCUAGCUAUAGAGAGAUGUGGAGACAAUGUGAGCAUUGCAGACCUCGCAGACUUCAUUUGUGCUUCACAGAUAGCUCGAGAAUCAGAUGAGUUUCACACUGACCCUGAAGAACAAAAGCCAACACAGAACAUCAAGAAAAAGCGGAAAGAGCCUAGGCCAUCCGCUAAUGACCAGUUGAUUUGCCUACCAAACCCAAUGAUAGGGUUCGGGGUUCCAAAUGAGGCAAUGUUCAUCACACAUAGAGAUCUCCCAGCACUAGCUCGUGCCCCACCCUACUUCUACUAUGAAAACGUCGCUUGUGCACCUAAAGGCGUUUGGGAGACCAUCUCAAGUCAUUUGUAUGAUAUUGCACCGGAGUUUGUGGACUCCAAGUACAUAUGCGCAGCAGCUAGGAAAAGAGGCUAUGUGCACAACCUUCCCAUUAGCAACAGAUACCAGAUUCAACCUGCUCCAAAACUAACAAUUCAAGAAGCCCUUCCGCACAUUGGGAUACGGUGGCCAACAUGGGACACAAGGACUAAACUGAACUGCAUACUUACCGUUCAUGCUAGCGCUCAGACAACAAAGAGGAUCCGCUUAGCACUUGAGGCUCAUACUGGUGAACCUUCUGAAGCGACAAAAAGGUAUGUCAUUGAGCAGUGUAGGAGGUGGAACCUUGUAUGGGUGGGGAAAAACAAAGUCGCCCCACUCGAUGGAGAAGAAACAGAGUCUCUUUUGGGUUUUCCAAAAUACCAUACACGAGGCGGUGGCAUGAGUAAUACCGAUCGUUUGAAGUCACUUGGCAAUUCUUUUCAGGUGGACACAGUGGCAUAUCAUCUGUCUGUCCUUAAACCCUUGUUUCCUGAUGGUAUUAAUGUUCUCUCUCUCUUCACUGGUAUUGGUGGUGGAGAAGUGGCGCUUCACCGUCUCCAAAUCCCGAUGAAAACUGUCGUCGCUGUGGAGAUAUCGAAAAAGAACAGAACCAUUUUAAAGGACUUUUGGGGACAAACUAACCAAAAAGGAGUCUUGGAAGAGAUUGAAGACGUGAGAGACCUAACUAAAGACAAAAUUGUUGAGCUGAUGAAGCGUUUUGGUGGGUUUGAUCUUGUUAUUGGAGGUAGUCCGUGCAAUAACCUCGCUGGUGGUAACAGAGUAAACAGGAGUGGUCUCGAAGGUGAACAAUCUUCGUUGUUCUUUGAGUAUUGCCGGAUUCUCGACGUGGUUCGUGAGACAACAAUGCAGAUGAGAAGAUCUUGAUGGUUUUUUUUGUCUGAAAACUUUGCGUGAACUUUAUAUUAUCUUAACGCAUUAUCAUCUCGGCUUAAGAUAACUGUGUGUUAACAAAAGUAGCAGGGACUUGUUUAUUUUGGCGGUGGUCUGUAAUAGAACUAUGUCGUAGGGAUGUUUAUUAAAACGUUUUAAAUGUUAGUUGUUACAUAUGAAGUUAUGAAGUCUAUCACCGGACCCAGAUGAGGGUUAAUGGAUUGGAGUAUCUGAGUACAGUCAUGACUGGUGAUGAGUGUUGUAACCUAAUGGUCCUAAUCUAAUAACCACUAGUAUAUAAGACAG